AUGACCUACUUAGGCACUGUUCUUUCUUAUGAAAGCUACGAGGAUCAGACACUUCAGCAUCGCCUUGGCAUUGCCGAGCUUCAGAGGUCGCGUUCGGUUGUGGCGUACUUGUAUCUGGUCGUGCAUGUGGGUGGGGAUAAUAACCAGACUGUCUUACAACAAGUGCGCCUGGAGUUCCCCGGGGAGAUGCUCCUGCUGCAGAUCAAUGCGCUGAUUGCGCGGGUGGGUGUGGAACUUGGUGGCCAUUGCCAAAGAUAUCAUGAGGAUGGUGCCCCACUGGAGGCCAUGGUCUCUGGUCGGCGCUCAAAGCACACACUCGGCAACAACAUGACCACAUUAUACCGAAUAUGCCAGGGCCUUUCCUUCGUGAUCGACAUGGUACAGAUGGCAUGCCUAUUUGCUUGCACUGUGACCGUCUACUGGUUGAAGAGGCAGGAGGCUGGGCUGUCCCCAGAUCAACCGGAUGAGCAGGCACCACUGACGGCCGCUGACCAGGUGCAGGCUAAUGGUACAAACUUGCCGUUGGCCCGGCGAGAUCAGGUGAGAGGUUCUCGUUGCAUCCACCUCAGUGCUCUGCUGUCUGGCAAGCUUGUCUACUUGGGCAUCUCUUUGCAGAUGGCACUGAUGGACAUCGAGGGCGCGCCGCAGCAGGAACCACAGCAGUCGGUGCAGAUCGAGAGUGCCAAGAGGAAGCCACAGAAUCAGGGUGCAAGGCCAACAGGCAAGGGCAAGGGUCGGGGUCGUCAGCGAGGAAGCGGAACGGACCAAAACCAAGGAAGGCAGGCACAGAACAAUCAACACAACAAUCAGCCGGAGCUUCUGGAUCUGCUGAUAAAAUUGGUUCUCAGGCACGAGGCCUUCCUCGGACGGCUUCAACAGGACAUGGUCUACAUCUUUACUUUCAAGAACCAGCCCAAUGCUCCCGAUUCCCUUCUUCCGGUACUCUAUCAG